UAAAUCAUAUUUAAAAAGUAGUGAAAAUGAAGUAUACAAAUAAAUAUAAAUCCAGAAACUUUCUAGCACUGUUUACGAUUCUCUUCACCAUCUGUCAACAAUCCAAAGUAAUAAAUGCCGAUAAUGGAGUUGGAGUUGCUAUUCUAACAAGUAACGAUCAGAUUGUCACAUCAAGUACCUUAUUAUGGGUACAAAAUAAUCGUGGAAAUUUAACGUAUGCUGUAAUUGGAUCUGUUGAUAAAGUUGCUGAAUCCAACAAUGACGAAGACGCAGAACCAAAUGAUAAUGAAGCUACAAUCAAGUCCCGAAAUAUUUAUGUAUGUCGUGCUCGCAGUGAUGGAAUUUACAUACCUGGCAAAAUCGACCCAGAGAAUAAAGAGUGUGUAAUAUCAUUACAUGGACGUAUUCAUUCCAAAAAAGAAUAUCAUUUCUUGGAAAAUGUUGAAGAUCGUGCUCGUCUUUCCUGGCAAAAAUGGAAUAAAUUUACAAAUUUACCAAUCGGUACAGUGAUGGCGUACAGCCAAGUAGUAUCUUCUCGUUACUAUGUGGCUCGCGUAAAGAAACCUGAUGGUGAUGACGACGAAUAUUUCCUUGGAAAAUUAGAUCCAUCAGUUAAUUUUGGAAAAAUAUAUGCAAUCAACGACGCUAAUGAAGAAUUUUCAACAACAGAAGGUGAAAUUUUGGUAGAAACCGAACCAAUUAGCUAUGAAUUAACUAAAAUUCAAAUGACUAAAAAAAGUCGCAAAAUUAAGGUGACACCCAAAAUUUUAGCUGAAAAAGUUUUAAUCAAUGAUGAAGACGAUAGUCCUAUGCGUGUUCAAACUGUCUUAGAAUUUAAUCAUACGCAUAGAAUGUAUUGGGGUCAAGGUCAUGGUGUGUUAACUGGAUUGCCUGUUAAGAUUCGAUAUGCAAAUGGAACCGAUGGCGAAGAUAUUAUUUGGAGUGUCUCACAACAAAGUGUACGCAAUGUUUUCCAAACAGUGGCAUCGCCUGUUUUGUUGGAAAAAGGAACGGCAAUGAAUGUCACUCUACACGGUAAUGAUACAGACACUGAUACACAUUUUACAGCUCGAUUAAUUGCUCACUACGAGGAUGGUGUGAAACGAGAACGGUUAUUCAAAGGAAUUCGUACUGAAAUGACAAUGUUGGAUAUUACACCCGAAUUUGGACCAGUUUAUUACAUUCAUAACAAUAGUUUUGUACCAACAACCACGACUACGACAACUACAACGACAACAACUACCACCCCUUCCACUACAACUACAGAUGAACCAAAACCUAUACCAGAAUCGCCACCAGUUGAUGAUUCAACUCGCAAACCAACACGUAAAAAAGACACAGACAAUGAUCCUAUUAAGAAAGGAGAGAACAAUAGCAUGAUGGGUGAUGAAGCUUCUGCUUUACAAAAGAAAGAAGGUGGUAAUGAGAUUAAGCAAAGCGCUGUUGAACAUAAAAAUGCUGCUGGUAAUGCAGAUCGUUUACGAGGUGAACAAUCACUGUUGACAGGCAUCAUAGUAUUCGUUUCAAUUUUAAGUAUAUUAAGGCAUUAAGUUAUUCUCACUUCACUUUUUUUGGUACAUUCGCCCUGGUAUAUACCUAACCUAUAAAAAAUUAGUAGUCAGCUGAAAAUUUAGAUUCAAGUAGUUUUCGGUAUCUAGGAUAAAUAUGUGUACGAUUAUAAAGGCUGGAGAAAGAUCAAUGCUCCAGCAAAACACAAUUUAAUAAUGAUUUGCUCUUCUUGAACAUUGAUUUAACCCUGGCCUUUAUCCGUAGAAUAACGUGAAAAAUUGAAUAAUCGGAAUAUUCUUACAAAAAUCCACUAAAACUUCAACUUACUAACAAUUUUUUAGAGGUUAUAAUGAUAAUUAUCCGGAGCGAUUGCGCUACUUGAAAAACCAAAAAUAUUUAAUUUGUUUCUUAGAACAUUUUUGUUAAAAUACUUUUUUUUCACCUCUCAAAAAAAUAACAAAAAAUAUUUUAAUAAAACUCGUAAUGAACAAAAAUAAUUGAAGACAAUUUUUUGUGAUGAAAUAAAAAAUUAUGUUAUUAGCUUUGCUAUUCGGGCUGUGCCCUUAAUACUUCUAUUAUAAUUAUCUAUCAUUAAAAUAUUGCUUUUAUUAUUGAAGACAAAGAUGUGGGGCGAUGAUAAAUAAGGAUAAAUAUGUUGUGAAUGAAUGACUGUAUUAUGUGUGCGAGUGAGAUAUUAAUAAUGUGCAACAAAUGCAACGAGUAUUUAAAAAAAACAUAUGAAUGCUAGUGAUUUUGUAACAAAAAUAAUGAUGAACGUUUUUAAUAAAGAGGCUUGAAAUAUAUUUUCAUUUCAAAAGUAUUUUAAAGCUCAUUUUUUGUUAGAAAAAAAGGAAGUAUUCAAGUGUUACACAAGUUUUUCUUGGAUAUUCUCAAGUAUAUUUUUAAUCAAUAUCGAGUAGUUCAUUCAGAAGACUGUGAACAUAUAAAAAUAAUGAUUGAUCGAAUGCCAUUUUACUAAUGAUCUUGCAAAAUCUAUCAAUCAUGCCAUUUUUCUAAUGAUGUUGAAAAAUCAAUCAAAUACCAUUAGUAUCAGUAAUCAUGUUUAAUAUGCUCGUGUAUCGUGGAAAAGGCAAGUGUCCAAUUAAAAAAAAAUCAAAAAUGCUACCAGAAAAGUCAGAUUGCAAAACAAUUAAUAAUUCAUAAAUGUUGUUUCUCACCUCCGUGCAUUCUUUACUUUUGGCCCCUAGGUGUGUAAUAUAUUCUUUCAUUUCAAUUAGUCAGCGAUUACUGAUACUAAAUGUCGUCUGAAUGCAUUUGAACUAAAAUCCUAGGGUUUGAUUACAGUUUCAGUGGCAGCUAAAGUCAAGAGAUGGAUUUUAAUAAAUUUCGACGAAAUAUUGAUAUUAUGAUGAGAUUUUUCAUAAUUUCGACAUAACAACUCGUACAACUUUAGAAGUAUCAAAUCCUGGACUUCCAAGAAAUACACUAGUUAUACGGCAAAAACAAUUAAAUAUCAAUUUGAAUAUCUCAAUCAGUUUUAUAAAAAUUCAUUGCAUUAGAUGUUUACUAAAUUAAUUCCAACCAUUGUACAAAGUUUGUAAAAAAAGCACUUUAAAACUACUUAGGGUCAUACUUGAAUAAUUCAUUUAAAAAUUAAAAAAAGAAAAAAAGAUGAUAAAAAUAGUAUUGAAAAGGUUUUAGUUUGCCAUUACAGUUUACAAACAAACAAAAAUUAUAUGUGUAAAUUAAAAAACCUUGUAAGUUAAUAAAUUUACUCUUAUACGCAGUGUCGUAGAUUGUAAAUAA